ACUCGCGCAAGAAGUGACAGUCUCCAGCCGCGCCUGUGUGGCUUUUGCGUCUCCUUCCAGGGCUUUUUCUUUUUUUCUUUUCUUUUUUUUUUGCUUCGAAAAAUAUGAGUCGCACGAUGCGUUCUUCUUCGUUUUUCUUAUUCUUAAUUAUACGCUCUAAAUGAAUACCUACAGGAAGAAAAAGGGACCGUGCGUUUUGAAAGUUGUGAAAUCCGAUAGCUGAGCAAAAAGUGGCUGUAAUGAGAAGCAACCUUUGGAAUUCCUCCUCGUGAAAAUUCCGUUUCUGCUGUUUUCCCUCUCCUCUUGUUUUUAGGCUUGAAGACAUGAUCACUAGCACCAGUAUAUAUGGUCUAAAGAUGCAGUGGACCCCAGAGCACACACAAUGGGCAGAGCAACACUUUGACAUCUCAUCCACUACUCGCUCGCCAGCACACAAAGUAGAGGCCUACCGGGGGCACUUACAGCGAACAUACCAGUAUGCGUGGGCAAAUGAUGACAUCUCUGCGCUGACUGCCUCCAAUCUGCUUAAGAAAUAUGCAGAGAAGUACUCUGGGAUCCUAGAAGGCCCAAAUGAAAGAACCCUGCUGUGCUCCUACUCUGAUAGCACUACUGGACUCAUGAAUGGACGAAAGUCAGAGAAUGAGUCCUGGCAGGAGGGGAUUUACCCAAUGAACUGUGCUCCAGAUGUUAUAUCUGUGAGCAAAGCUGGAAUGACAGCUGCCCUACCCCCUACAGAUGUGUCAGCUAGCAUAGGCAGCUCCCCAGGGGUGGCCAGCAGUUUGUCUGAGCCUAGCUAUUCCAGUAGUAACUGUGGAAGUCACACAGCCACUACUCUCCACUCGGGCCUCCCCUCUCAGGAAUAUACUGCCAGCUACAACGGUUCCUACCUGCAUUCUAGCUACAGCGGCCAGAGUACCCCCGCCCUCCCAUCCCCACAUCCUUCUCCUUUGCACAGCGCUGGGCUAUUACAACCCCCUCCCCCGCCUCCUCCUCCUAGUUUAGUGCCGAGCUACAACACUGGGUCUCCAAACCUUCCCAACUACAAUUAUCCUCCAACAGGGUAUGCUUCGCAGGCUGCAGUUGGCCCUGGUUAUAGCCCUGGGGGAGCACCCCCUCCUUCUGCUUAUCUGCCGUCUGGUAUUGCAGCUCCUACACCAAUCCCUCCCUCCACAUUGCCUGGCUACACCUACCAGUCCAAUAAUCAUACCCCAAUUGCACCAACACCUUUGAAUGGCAGCACAUCCAACUCAUUAAAACGAAAAGCUUUCUACAUGAGUGGACAUGGAGAUAUGGACUCAAGCUAUGGUAAUUUCAGCUACAACCAACAGCGCUCUGCACAGAGCCCCAUGUACAGAAUAGUAGAUAGCAGCAUCUCAGACUCAAACAGGGGCAGUGGCUUUGAAAGAAAUGCUGAAGCGACAUCUUUAGCUUUUAAACCAACGAAACAGCCAAUAUCUUCUGAUCAGCAAAGAAAAUUUAACUUGCACUCUGGCAGAGCACUAACUCCUCCAUCAUACGGCUCAACAAAAAGCUCUGCAGGUGAUCUUAGAACUACUGAGCCCUACAGCAAGUUUGAAUCUCCCAUGAUGAGCGAGCAAACCGAAGAGCACAGACAGCACCUCUCUCACUCCCUAACGGGGUCUGAUAUAGGUACAGCUACCUCCUCUAUCCAUGCUGCAGAGGAACAGCUGAAGAAUAGUGAUUCCAACCUUGUAGAGCUGGUAACCACAGAAAUCCUUCAGCAAGGCUCCCCAGUGGACUGGAGUGACAUUGCAGGUCUGGAUAUGGCCAAAGCAGCCAUAAAAGAGGAGAUACUAUGGCCCAUUUUAAGGCCAGAUAUGUUCAGCGGACUGGCCACGUUACCUCGGAGCCUCCUUUUAUUUGGACCUCAGGGAACUGGUAGGACACUUCUGGCACGCUGCAUGGCCAACCAACUGGGGGCUGCCUUCUUGCGAUUAAGCAGUUCAGCACUGGUGACCAAGUGGUUGGGAGAAGGGGACAAGAUCAUCCAGGCUUCUUUUCUCAUGGCACGUUGUCGCCAACCAGCAGUAGUCUUCAUCAGUGAGGUGGACCUACUGCUGUCAGCCCAGCUCAGUGAGGAGAGUCCUGUGAAUCACCUGAAGGCUGAGCUUCUCAUACAGCUUGACAGUAUUUUGACCUCUACAGAGGACCAUGUUCUUGUGGUCUGCUCCACAAGUAAGCCUGAAGAGAUCCCAGAGUCCCUGCGGAGGUACUUUACCAAGAGAUUGUUAAUUCCCUUGCCUGAUGGAUCUGCACGCCAUCAGAUAAUCAGUCAGUUGCUCUCACAGCAUAACUACUGUCUUAGUGACAAAGAGAUGUCACUACUUGUUCAAAGGACAGAAGGCUUUUCAGGACUGGAUGUGGUCCAACUCUGUCAAGAGGCUGUCGUAGGUCCACUCCAUGGCAUGCCUGGUACUGACCUGUCAAAUAUCCACCCCAGUCAGAUGAGGCCAAUCUCUUACCAAGACUUUGACAAUGUGUUUUGCAAAUUCCAGCCCAGCAUAUCACAAAAAGAACUUGAUAUGUACACUGAGUGGAAUAAAAUGUUUGGUUGUAGUCAAUGAAAUCAAUCUAUCAAACACAGUUUCUUUAAAACCAGUUGUUGAGUACAAAUAAGUGUUUAGCCUUCAGUGAGGAAGAAAAAAAACCCAAACAGUGAUGACAUGAACAUGCUAUAUAGAGUAAAGGAAAUUUCCUUUUUUGGCUUCUGACAGAAGUUAUCAGUCUGGACGUCAGACUUUGGUUAAAAUCAGAAAAACACUUUAUAUGGCUAAAUCCAUGUGUUAACGACAACUCAAACAGCUUGGAGAAGAUGCCCCACAUUUUUGUAUAUACAUAUAUAUAUAUUUAAAUAUAUAUAUACUAUUCUGCUGAUCUUGAG